AAACUCAUAUAAAGAGUCUCCGAGACAAGGCAAACUUGUCAUGUAGACUAACAAAUUUGUUGUACAAAGUCAUAUAUACAUGGUUAUAUAUUGUGGCUGUAAUAUUGCUAGUGGUCCGUAUAGCUUACCUCAUUACACCACAAUUGCAGUGUGAUUUUCAAUCACAUGUGUGAUCAUAUAUCGUAACCACAUCAGACAUUUUCGAUCAUAUUCAUUUAAAUCUUUUCACUGAAAAUUAAAAUUGUAGAAGCUCAAAUUCCAAUCUAUGUCAAAUCUAACAAAAUGUUUUACUUUUAACAAUAUCUCAUAUGUGUAUUUGAAACACCUCUCAACUCAAUCUGUAUUUAUAGGGAAAAUUGAGACUCUACUAAUUAGUAGAUAAAUACAUGUUUUAUGAAAAUUUAGAAUUAUUUCAUAUUGCAACAACUACAAUAACAACUAAAUCUGCGACCGCAAUCAAAAUUUAGAACCAACGGACACGCAUUAGGGAAAACAAAUCUUAGCAAAGGGGCAUUUUACAUUACCAGUACUAUGCAGCCCGUAUUAUAGUACCUAGCUAGUGUCCGUUAUUUCAACUCAAACAACAUUUGCCAUUAAAAACAGAAAUCCCUGCCUAACACUCUUCUCUCUCUCUAUAUCCAUCCAUUCAUGGCCACCACAACAACUGAACAACACACCUCACGUGCUUCACACAUGCACGACACCACCACAGACAACGAAGACGACACAAUUACCGACAGUGAGCUGGAGACUCACACCGAUGAGGAAGACGAUGAAGAAGAAGAAGAACAGAAACCUGUGAACUAUAGAAGCUCAAUAACUUCUGCAGGUAUUAGUAGAAUUGUGGAUCCAAGAGCAAAAUGGGUGCAAGAAUGGAACAGAGUCUUCUUACUAGUAUGUGCAGCAGGGUUGUUUGUAGACCCACUGUUCUUCUAUGCUCUUAAUAUCAGUGACUCAUUUAUGUGUCUCUUCAUCGACGGUUGGUUCGCCGUCACAGUUACGGUGCUCCGUUGCAUGACUGAUGCUUUGCACCUUUGGAAUAUGUUCCUCCGUUUUAAGACGGCCAAACGCAGCUCAUUAACAUUCGCCACCAGUUCGGCCACCGCAGAUGCUGGCUGUUCCGUCGCUCUUGGUUAUCUUAAGUCCCGCCGGGGAUUUUUCUUUGACCUCUUCGUUAUUCUUCCAAUACCUCAGAUUGUGCUUUGGGUAGGAAUUCCUUCUUUGUUGGAGCAAGGUUCAGUUACUUUGGUGAUGACAAUAUUAUUGAUUGUAUUUCUCUUUCAAUACCUUCCCAAAAUUUACCACUCUGUAUGCCAUCUACGACGCACACAAAACCUCUCUGGCUAUAUUUUUGGAACUGUUUGGUGGGGAAUUGCCCUUAACAUGAUCGCGUAUUUUGUUGCUUCCCAUGCUGCAGGGGCAUGUUGGUACUUGUUGGGGAUCCAAAGAGCAGCCAAAUGUCUCAAAGAGCAAUGUUUGAAAACAAAUGGUUGUGGCAAUCAAAUAUUGUCUUGUCAUAAGCCAAUAUAUUAUGGAAGUACAAGUUUAUUGAAUAGGGAUAUAGCAAGAUUGGCAUGGGCAAAGAACAGGGAAGCAAGGUCUACAUGCUUAAAUGGUCCUGAUAACUUCAAUUAUGGUGCUUAUAGAUGGACUGUUCAACUUGUCACUAAUGAUAAUCGACUAGAAAAAGUACUUUUCCCAAUUUUUUGGGGACUAAUGACUCUCAGCACUUUCGGAAACCUUGAGAGCACGACGGAUUGGCUAGAAGUAGUUUUCAACAUCAUAGUCUUAACGAGUGGCCUUCUUCUCGUCACUAUGUUGAUUGGAAACAUCAAGGUGUUUUUGCAUGCAACAACAUCAAAGAAGCAAGUGAUGCAAUUGAAAAUGAGGAAUGUUGAAUGGUGGAUGAGAAAAAAACAUUUGCCACAAGGGUUUCGACAACGUGUGCGUAACUAUGAAAGACAACGUUGGGCUGCUAUGCGUGGUGUUGAUGAAUGUGAGAUGACCAAAAAUCUUCCUGAAGGUCUAAGAAGAGACAUUAAAUACCAUCUAUGUUUGGAUUUGGUGAGACAGGUGCCAUUGUUUCAACAUAUGGAUGAACUUGUUCUAGAGAACAUAUGUGACCGAGUGAAAUCUCUUAUAUUCACCAAGGGAGAAACAAUAGCUAGAGAAGGAGACCCAGUUCAAAGAAUGCUAUUUGUAGUGAGGGGUCAUCUUCAAAGCAGCCAAGUUCUAAGAGAUGGGUUGAAAAGUUAUUGCAUGUUAGGACCAGGAAAUUUCACUGGGGAUGAGCUCCUUUCAUGGUGUUUGAGGAGACCCUUUAUAGAGAGACUUCCAUUGUCAACAUCAACACUUGUCACACUUGAAACAACAGAGGCUUUUGGUCUUGAAGCUGAGGAUGUCAAGUACGUGACACAACAUUUCAGGUACACAUUUGUGAAGGAAAAGGUGAAGAGAAGUGCUAGGUAUUACUCACCAGGGUGGAGAACUUGGGGUGCUGUGGCAAUUCAAUUGGCAUGGAGAAGAUACAGGCAUAGAUUGACUUUGAACUCAUUGUCAUUUAUAAGACCUAGGAGACCCUUGUCAAGAUGUUCUUCAUUGGGAGAGGAUAGGCUUCGACUCUACACAGCUUUGUUAACUUCACCAAAGCCUAAUCAAGAUGAUUUUGACUUUUGAGAACAAGUGUGGUGUCAAUUUGAAUUGCAUAUUCUUAGGAGUUGAAGAAAAAAAAAUGUAGACAUAUUAUUAUUAUUAUUAUUAUUAUUAUAUAUUAUUAUUAUUAUUA